AUGGUGCCAGUGGUACCAGAUGGCGCUACAGUGGCACUUGUUAUGGUAAUGGAAGUGUCACGCUGGGUGGCACUGGUGCACCGCCCCCUCAGCGCCGUAUCCUCAGCACCGCCCCCUCAGCGCCGUAUCAUCAGCACGCCCCCUCAGCGCCGUAUCCUCAGCACCGCGCAGCCCCCUCAGCGCCGUAUCAGCACCCCUCAGCACCGCCCCCUAAGCGCCGUAUCCUCAGCACCCCCCCUCAGCGCCGUAUCAUCAGCACCGCCCCUCAGCACCGCCCCUCAGCGCCGUAUCCUCAGCACCGCCCCCUCAGCGCCGUAUCCUCAGCACUCAGCGCCGUAUCCUCAGCACCGCCGCCUCAGCGCCGUAUCCUCAGCACCGCCCCCGCCCCUCAGCGCCGUAUCCAGCAUCAGCGCCGUAUCCUCAGCAACUAUCCUCAGCACCGCCCCUCAGCGCCGUAUCCUCAGCACCGCCCCCUCAGCGCCGUAUCCUCAGCACCGCCCCCUCAGCGCCGUAUCUCAGGCACCGCACCCUCAGCGCCGUAUCCUCAGCACCCCCCCUCAGCGCCGUAUCCUCAGCACCGCCCCCUCAGCGCCGUAUCCUCAACACCGCCCUCAGCGCCGUAUCCUUAGCACCGUAUCAUCAGCGCCGUAUCCUCAGCUCAGCACCUUAUCUCAGCACCGCCCUCCGCGCCGUAUCCUCAGCACCGCCCUCAGCUCAGCGCCGUAUCCUCAGCACCGCCCCCUCAAGCCGUAUUCUCAGCACGCACCGCACCCUCAGCGCUGUAUCCUCAGCACCGCCCCCUCAGCUAUCCUCAGCGCCCCUCAGCGCCGUAUCCUCAGCACAGCGCCGUAUCCUCUCAGCACCGCCCCCUCAGCCCUCAGCAUCUCUCAGCACCGCCCCUCAGCGCCGUAUCCUCAGCACCGCCUCAGCACCGCCCCCUCAGGCCGUAUCCUCAGCACCGCCCCCUCAGCGCCGUAUCCUCAGCACCGCACCCUCAGCGCCGUAUCCUCAGCACCGCCCCUCCGCGCCGUAUCCUCAGUGCACCCUCAGCACCGCCCAGCACCGUAUCCUCAGCACCGCCCCCUCAGCGCCGUAUCCUCAGCACCGCCCCCUCAGCGCCGCCUCAGCACCGCCCCCUCAGCGCCGUAUCCUCAGCACCGCCCCCUCAGCGCCUAUCCUCAGCACCGCCCCCUCAGCGCCGUAUCCUCAGCACUCAGCACCGCUCCCUCAGCGCCGUAUCCUCAGCACGCAUCCUCAGCACCGCCCCUCAGCGCCGAAGCACCCGUCAGCGCCGUAUCCUCAGCACCGCCCCCUCCGCGCAUCCUCAGCAGUGCACCCUCAGCACCGUAUCUCAGCACCGCACCUCAGCGUCGUAUCCUCAGCACCGCCCUCAGCGCCCGUCCCUCAGCACCGCCCCCUCAGCGCCGCAUCCCUCAGCAUCCUCAGCACCGCCCCUUCAGCGCGCCGUAUCCUCAGCACCGCUCAGCACCGCUCAGCCGUAUCCAGCACCGCCCCCUCAGCGCCUACCUCAGCACCGCACCCUCAGCGGCUCAUCCUCGCGCCGUACCUCGCACAGCCCCUCAGCGCCGCACCUCAGCACCGCCCCCUCAGCCCGUACUCAGCACGCACCCUCAGCACCCCCCCUCAGCGCCUACCCUCAGACCGCCGCCGUACCUCAGCACCCCCCUCAACUCAGCACCGCCCCCUCAGCACGCACCCUCACGCACGUACCUCACACCGCACCCUCAGCGCCGUACCCUCAGCACCGCCCCCCUCAGCACGUACCUCAGCACGGCACCCUCAGCACCGCCCCCUCAGCGCCGUACCCAUCAGCACCCCAGCCGUACCGCAGCAUCCGCCCCUCAGCGCCGUACCUCAGCACCGCACCCCUCAGCGCCGUACCCUCAGCACCGCCCCUCAGCACGCCCCUCAGCGCCUCAGCACGGCACCCUCAGGCCGUACCAGCCCGCACCCUCAGCGCCGUACCUCAACACCGCACCCUCAGCACCGUACCUCAGCACCGCAUCCGCAGCGGCCGUACCUCAGCACGCACCCUCAGCACCGCCCCCUCAGUGCCGUACCCUCAGCACCGCCCCUCAGUGCGCCUCAGCACCGCACCUCAGCGCUGUACCUCAGCAUGGCACCCUCAGCGCCGUACCCUCAGCACCGCCCCCUCAGCACGGCACCCUCAGCGCCGUACCCUCAGCACCGCACCUCAGCGCCGUAUCCUCAGCACCGCCCCUUAGCGCCAUAUCCUCAGCGCCGUACCUCCACCCCCCCUUCAGCCGUACCCUCAAGCACGGCACCCUCAACACCGCCCCUCAGCGCCGCAUCACAGCAACCCCAGCGCCGCAAUCAGCGCCGUACGGCACCCUCAGCACCGCCCCCUCAGCGCCGCACCCUCAGCACGGCACCCAGCACGGCACCCUCAGCGCACCCUCAGCGCCGUACCCUCACCACCGCAUCCUCACCGCCGUACGUCAGCGCCGUUCCCUCAGCACAGCACCCUCAGCGCCGCGCCGUACCCUCAGCACCGGCACCUCAGCGCCGUACCCUCAAGCACACCCUCAACCCUCAGCACCGCCCCCUCAGCGCCGUACCUCAACACCGCAUCUUCAGCGCCGUACCUCAGCACGGCUCCCUCAGCGCCGUACCUCAGCACGGCACCCUCAGCACGGCAACGCCCUCAGCGACGCCCCCUCAGCACGGCACCCUCAGCACCGCCCCCUCAGCGCCGUACCUCAGCACGGCCCUCAGCCCCUCCCUCAGCACGCCCUCAGCGCCCAACCCCUCAGCGCCGUACCCUCAGCACCGCCCUCUCAGUGCCGUACCCUCAGCACGGCACCCUCAGCUCCGCCCCCUCAGCACGGCACCCUCAGCACCGCCCCCUCAGUGCCGCACCCUCAGCUCCGCCCCCUUAGGACGGGCACCCUCUGCUCCGCCCCCUCAGCACCGCCCCCUCACACGGCACCCUCAAGCAACCGCCCCCUCAGCACCGAGCACCGCCCCUCAGCACGCACCCUCAAGCAGCCCCCUCAGCGCCUUACUCAAAACGGCACCCUGGGAGGCGCCGUCUAUCCUCAGCACGGCACCCCUGAGCGCCGCACCCUCAGCACCGCUCCUCAGCGCCGUACCUCAAGCACCGCACCCUCAGCGCCGUACCCUCAGCACAGCCCCCUCGAGGGCCGUACCCUCAGCACGGCACCCUCAGCUCCGCCCCUCAGAGCGCCCUUAGACUCCGCCCCCUCACACCAGCACCGCAGCGGCGUACCUCAGCACGUACCUAACACCCCCCUCAGCGCCGUACACUCAGCACCGCCCCCUCAGCGCCGUACCUCAACACCGCAUCCUCAGCGCCCGUACCUCAGCAGCGGCUCCCUCAGCACUGCCCCCUCAGCACGGCACCCUCAGCGCCGUACCUCAGCACCGCAUCCUCAGCGCCGUACCUCAGCACGGGCACCCUCAGCGCCGCCCCUCAGCAGCACCGCCCCCUCAGCGCGCCGUACUUCAGCACCGCCCCCUCAGCGCCACACCCUCAGCACCGCCACCCUCAGCGCCGUACCUCGACCACCGCCCCUCAGCGCACGUCAGCACUCAGCACCGCCCCCUCAGCGCCCCCUCCCAACCGCCCCCUCAGCGCCGUACCUCAGCACCGCCCCUCAGCGCCGUACCUCAGCACCGCCCACCUCAGCGCCGUACCCUCAGCACCGAGCGCCGCCUACCUCAGCACGGCACCCUGAGCGCCGCAAUCCUCAGUACGGGCACCUGAGCGCCGCACCUCAGCACCGCAUAGCGCCUCAGCACCGCCCCCUCAGCGGCGCGUACCUCAGCACCGCCCCCAAGGCCGCCCUCAGCGCCGUACCUCAGCACGGCACCUCAGCGCCGCAGCACGGCCCCCUCAGCGCCUACCUCAGCACCGCACCUCAGCGCCCCUCGGCACCGUCAGCCCCAGCACCUCAGCAGCGCACAGCACCUCUCAGCGCCACCGCACCGCCCUCAGCGCCGUACCCUCAUCACCGCACCUCCAGCACCGCACCCUCAGCGCCGCAGGAUCAACCGUGGGCCGAAGGAAGCUGGGUGAGUCAUCCAGGACAAGGCAAGCAGGCCCUGUCGCCAUUAUCUAGUCCCUUAGUUAAAGGAGAACGCCCAGCCUGCCGCCGUUGUGUGAACGUCAGUCGCCGCCGCUCACGAUCCGCUCUCCACUCGCCCCUCCACGCUCCGGCUCUCGUGGAUGGCGCCCUUUAA